AUGCCUGUGACCAAUCUACCGCUCAUUCAGCAAGCGAUGACUCGAUAUGGAAUGAGUUUCUAUCUCGGACUCGGUGUCAUAGGCAAUGCCUGUGGUUGUAUUAUGUUUACUCGACAGACCUACCGUCGAACGGCUAGUUCAGUUUAUUUCCUAUGUCUGUCAAUUUGUUCGAUAAUGUAUUUGAUUUGGUCUCUUUUUCCAUAUUUAUAUUCACUUGAUCAUAUCGAUCCUCAAAAACAAUCGAUAGCAUAUUGCAAGACAAGAUUUUAUGCAUUAAGUUUAUACCCUGAAGAUGUAAAUCCUUCAGAAAUCAAUGAACUUCACUGUUCGACUUUGGAAAAAUUAGCCGCGUUCGAAACUUCGGCCAACGGAAGAAACUGGUAUAUGACAAAACGGUUAGAAAUUCAAGGAUUGAUUCAUAUAAAACCAUCGGAAAAACAAAUCAUUGAAACUGUGUCCAAAUCUUCGAUCAAAAACUGCUUACAAGUUCUGCCGGUGAAUUUUAAUUAUCAAAAGGCAGAAAUCGAAAACCUGGUGAUUUUCUUUCAUUUCAACGACACCAAUGAAAAAUAUUCGGUCGAACUUCGAAAUUCAAUUGUGGAUGUUCAAGACGGUUGGAAUGAGCAAAUCAAACCGGAUUUAGCGAUUGAAAUUAAAACAGAACGAAUCUGGAAAGAAAUUUUAGUUCGAGCGAAAACCCCAAUGGAUGCAUUGGACAAUGAAGAUAUUCGUAUUAAAAAUCAACAAGGUGAUGAUUAUCCGGAAGGCAUUCUUCAAUUGGUUCAGUUUUUGCUUCUUUUUGCCCCAUAA